AUGUGGUAUAGCGUGGCACUGUUCGCUCUCCUCACAUCUACUGCAUCUGCAUAUUUCAUUAAUAUCGAUGCAAAUGAGGAGCAGUGCUUUUUCGAUCGUGUGAUAUCUGGAACAAAAAUUGGUCUCAUGUUUGAAGUAGCAGAAGGAGGCUUUCUCGACAUCGAUGUGAAGAUCACUGGACCGGACAAUAAGAUAAUUUACAAGGGUGAACGAGAAUCUUCUGGUAAAUACACUUUUGCUGCACACAUGGAUGGUGUUUACACCUACUGUUUUGGAAAUCAAAUGAGUACCAUGACUCCUAAGGCUGUCAUGUUCACUAUCGAGAUCAUUGAGCCACAUCAGCAGCAACAAGGCGCUGCACCAAACCAAGAUGCUGCAGAUAAUCAAAAAUUGGAAGAAAUGGUUCGAGAGCUGUCUACUGCGCUCAUGUCCGUGAAGCACGAGCAGGAGUACAUGGAGGUCAGGGAGCGUGUGCAUCGAUCAAUCAACGAAAACACCAAUAGUCGAGUAGUCCUGUGGGCGGUGUUCGAGGCGCUGGUGCUCGUGUCGAUGACUGUUGGACAAAUAUGGUACCUCAAGCGAUUCUUCGAAGUACGCACGGUCGUGUGA